UUCGGUGAGAACAUUAUGAACACCUCUGCGGUUCUAAGCCUCCUCGUCCUGGUGGCAAGUACUGGUGCUGCGCCAUAUGAAGAAGUAACUACAUGUUCCACGGAAUGUCCCGUCGCAGGCUCACCGAAACUUUUCUACCAAGAAGGUAAAACUUACAUAUAUGAGUACUCUGGGAAAUCCAAGAUCCAGCUUAAAGGCGUAGAUGGACAGACAGAGACGGAGUGGUCUGCACAAGUUGAACUCUCAUGGAUCACCCCUUGUGACAUAGUCAUCACUAUGAAGGACUCUGAGAGAGACAGUGCCUCUGUCCCAGACGCUGCCAGGUUCCUGGAGAGGUACCCACUGGUGGUGGCUGUGGUCGACGGCAGAGUUCAGCAUGUGUGUAGUCAUCCUGACGACGAUACCUGGUCCAUCAAUAUUAAGAAAGGCAUCGCCUCGACCUUCCAGAACUCACUCCCUUCUAAUUCCACUGUCAAUUCAGGACAGAAUAUUACCGAGAUAGAUGUGGUAGGAAGGUGCCCAACGAGGUAUGAAGUAGAGAAUCAUGGAGACAGAGUUAUUAUGUGGAAGGAGAAGAAUCACCGACUGUGCAAGGAAAGUUACCCCACCCCUGCUGAGACCCAGGUUCCCUGGCUCAGAGGUCCUCUGCCUCUGGAAGAGUCUAAGAGUAAGUGUAAACAAGAAAUUAGAGAUGGAAUCUAUUCCACCAUCACUUGUGAGGAUAAGAAAGUAGUCCGGCCCAGUUAUGGAUUCUAUCAGUAUGUUGAAGCCAAACAGGAGUCAACCCUGAAAUAUCUAUCCGAAUCCAGUGAACGUUCACCUAAUAUUCCUCAAGGUAACAUGAUCCGCAAGAGUCUCAAGUAUGACUAUGAUACACCUAAGAAAGACCCGUCCAUGGUAGCCCAGUUGGAUCAGCUCAUGAGGCAGGUCUGUGAGAAGACCAGAGAUAUUGUUGAACGUGAUGCUGCUGCUUUGGUAGCCAGGGCAGCACAGCUGUUGCGUAUGGUGCCCGAAGAGGUAGUGGAACGAACCUUGGAAAAAAUUCGCUGUGGUCAAUACUGUCAAGAUCCAAAGAAGCUGGAAGAACUUUUCUUGGAUGCUGUUAGCUUCGUCCACGAGUCUGGUGCAGUAAAAGUUAUGGUGAAGGAGCUGGUGAGCGAACGUUCCAACAAGUAGUCGUGUUGUCCUCUAACUACUGCUUUCUACCUCCUUCCUCGUCCAUGUAUCCACGAUAUGGCGUUAAAACCAUUGUUUGAAUCCACCCGGCCUCUAGCAAUGCCCACUCUGGCUGCUGCUUCUAUGGUAAAUACUUAUUGUCGUCACAAUCAUAACUGCCAUGAGCAAGCACCGGUCAGAAGCCUAGUUGAAGCUCUAGGUAAUAAACUAAGAAGACAGUGUUCCGCUUCUAACGACGAACAUACUGUAAAAGCUGCCCUAACAACACUCAAGGCUCUGGGUAACAUGGGUGUGAUGACCCAAGAGGUCACCACAUCUGUCCUCAGGUGUAUGGAGACUGAAGGAGUUGAGAAGAGGAUCCGUGUGGCUGCGGCACAAGCCUUCAGACAAACAAAAUGUCAUCGCUCUGUAACCGAACAACUAGUCAGUACAGCUGUGCAUCCUGCAAAAGAUACAGAAAUUCGCAUUUCAUCUUAUCUUAUGGCAGUUAGGUGCGCUAAACGAAAAGAUUUAGAAAAUAUUGUUGCUUCAAUAUCCAGGGAAGACAACACACAAGUUCGUGGGUUCGUACUGAGUCACCUGUUGAACCUCCAAGACACCAACACACCACACAAGGAACACCUCCGACAUAUGCUGACGAACGUUCUCCUUCCAAGAGAUUUUAAGAUAGACAUUAGGAAAUAUUCUCGCAACAUAGACCUUUCAUAUUUCUCACCUUCUGCGGGUGUUGGUGCUGGCCUGGAGUCCAACAUCAUCUACGCUCCAGGAUCCUUCAUCCCUCGAUCUAUUGACUUCAACCUCACUGCUGCUUUAGAGGGAAUCUCAAUGAACAUAGGCGAGGUUGGUGCACGAUUUGAAGGCCUAGAUCCAUUUAUUGAGAAACUGUUUGGCCCAGAAAGUUACUUCCAGAAAGCUAGUUAUGAACAAAUAUUCAGUGAAAUGACAUCAUUGUUUCAUGAAAAGAAAAACAAAUUCCUAGAACAUUUCCAUGGAGACUUCAAACAUAAAAGAUCAAUUGAUAUGUCUACAUUGUCCAACUUCUUCCAUAAUCUCUACAGUGAUGAAUCAAGAUUAGUCAAGGCUGAUGUUUUUGCUCGCUUUAUGGGCCAGGAGAUAAGUUUUGCCUCAUUAGCUGGAGACUUGACGGACAUCAGUGCUGACAGAUUUAUAGAAGCCUUUUUCUCUUACUAUGACAUCGCCGAUCAAAUGAAGCACUUAAACAUCAAUUCUGCCAGAACUGCUCAAUUGCACUUGGACUAUUAUUUCCCCACCAUCCAGGGCACUCCAUUCAAGCUUAAGAUGGACGGAACAGCUGUUUUAGGAAUGCAGAUUGAGGGAAAUCUCAACCUUAUAAAUAUGAUAGCUAACUGGAAAAAAGGUGAGAGUAUCUUGAAGCUUGUUCCCAGUUUGUCUGUGGAGGUUGAUGGCUUCGUUGGUUAUGACUGUCAUAUCUCUAAGACAGGCCUCGAAAUGAAAAAUACGAUCUCCAGUAGCAAUGGUGUCUCCUUUAUGGUGAGACCAAAGAACAAUAAUGAACUAGAACUUGAACUGGACAUCCCAGCCAAGAUGGACUUCAUUGAUAUAGAGAGUAAAAUUCACUUUAUAAAAGAGGUAAAAGGAAAACCUGAAACAACUGUCUCAGUUUCACCAUCAAGUGAGGACGAAGUCACACAUCAGUCUUGUUCCAACUCACUUGAGUCAAGUAUUGGUAUUAAACUUUGCUACAAAUUCAAUUUCUUCGACAUACUCCGUAGCAACAUUCCUACAGGUACGCCAUUUGUUGCAAAGUUAUCCUUAGAGAAAGUUGAUCCCUCAGUGAAAGGAUAUAUCGUGAGAACAGCAAUUCAGGGUGAUAGCAAUAGAAAAUUGAUUAAAAUGAAGCUAGAAGUGCCUGGAGCCACUACUGCAAGGGACGUUGAAACCGUUGUGUCCUAUACCAAAGAAGAAGAUUCCUACAAGAUUUCAGCAGAGCUGGGAUUCUCUGACGUUAGCAGCAAUUUCGGUGCCCACUUUACCAACAAGGUAAACCAGAAAGGUGUCCAGGCUUUUGCUAAAUACAAGUCUAGUGAUACAGAAAUAUUCCACGCAAUAAAAGCAGAUAUUAUGGCCAGGUCAACAAGAGACAUGGAAUACCACGUAACAAUGUACGUCAGCAGAAGCGAAGAUUUCUCCCCUCAGUCUCAAGUGAUCGAGUGGAAAUUUAGCAAGAGAAAUAAUGGCCCUGAAAUAUCACUGGAUAUUUUAGCAAAGACAAAGAAUGCAUGGAAAAGUUACAUUGACCUGAACCUAGAUGGUGGAGUGGACCUGAGGUACGCUUCACACUCCAGCGUGCCUCUACCAAGAAAGCUACGCAAAUUUGAGUUCCACACCGGCUUGGGAGGCUGGAAGGUCAUAUCAUUUGUCCGUCAGACAUCAGAGUCUGGCGACAAGGUUGAAUUUUCUUCUGCCUUCAAGAUAGCUCGCAGGAAUGAAGACUUUAUCUUUCUUGAGGCCACCCACACUACACAAGGAAGACUCUACACGGACUUUGUUUGCAAGACAACAGCUAAAGUGAAAAUGGCCGCGCUGUAGUACAAAGCAGCUUCGUAUCACUAUGAACAUGGGAAGGUAUGUUAGUACAUUACAAGUAAUUUAUCUGAAGAUAAUGUGAAGGUGGCUGACCUUGAAGCUGUCCAUGAUUGCUCUGGCCAGUCCUGUAGCACUAAAGUUAUGGUAGACGUCCCGAAGUACACCAGAGUCAUAAAAUUUGAUUGUAACAGAAUAGAGCAGGGGCAAGAUCGCUACAUGGUCAGAGCUGCUUUAAAUCAUGGAGAGCGCAUGUUGCUUCGAGCUCAUGGACCAGUAACAGCUAUGCUCUCCUCAGAUAUGACAAAGCUUGAAACUCAUAUUAAACUUAUUACAAUAACUAAUGAAGAACUUAAGAUAUCUUCCAAUUUUGUUUUUGCUAAGAACCAGCAUGUUUUGUCAGUGGAACUUAGCACGCGAGAGCUAGUCUUUGCGGCUGAAUGGAAAAUAAAAUUUAGUUCCUCUCAAGGAACUACGAUUGGAAUAAAGUUCCAGCUUCCAGCUUUGGUAGAUAAGAAACUUGAUGCCAUUAUCAGCGACAAGCUGAUCCAUGUUAGUUUCGACAUUCAGUUUUUACCGAAGAGUUCGUCUCCUCGCAGAAUAAAAGCGUUUACUGACAUAGACUUCGAAAACAAGAAGUGGAUGGCUGACUUCGCUUGGGAUGCUGACCGUGUCCAGCGUAAAAAGAUCAUUCUUGACACUAACGUGAUUAGCAAUUCAUCCAACCCAGGACGAUUUUCCAUUUAUGGCAAUGUCAAGUGCAUGAAUGAGAUGUACCACGUCAAACUUGAUAUAGAGGCAGAAAAUCUACGACAAUACCGCUAUGGAGAGAAUGGCUUCAACCUGGAGUUAACGUCACCACAGAGGAGCUUGGAAUGGAAGUUAAACACCAACGUUGAAUCCAGGUCCGCGAAAGUAGAUAUGAAUCUUCAAUGCAAGUUCCAGGAUGACAGGGAAUACAGGUUGACAAGUGUUGUGGAUAUUGAAAAGCUUGGUAGUCCAUACAGCUACAAGCUGGAGUCUGAGAUGAGCUUCACAUCACCAGGAGGACAGGAGACUACAGUUCACGCUGAGGCGAAACACCAAGUUACUUCAGAGGAACGUGAAAUAUAUUAUAAGGCAAGUGUAAGGACUCCUGCUUUGAGAAGAUCUCUUGUGCUGGAGAUGUCAUCAGUUAGCCAAGAGUUAUCCUACAGUUUGAAAGCCCUGACGGAGAGGGACUCCCCUGCCACCAUGAUCAAUUGGGAAAUGAAACUUUAUCCUGAAGGAGGAGUUGAAAAGUUUGUGUCAUCCGUGGAUAUGAAUGCUCUUCGUGAUUUCCUCAAGUCCGCUCUUGAUAUUGUGGCCAUAGAAGGUGAGGAAUAUUCUUCCGGAAGUGGAAAAUAUGGAAAAGGCAAAUAUGGAUUCCACUACCACAAGCCUACACCAUCCUCCUACUCUAUGAAAAUUGAGUCUCCAUCCCGCACUCUGGAGGGUGAAGCUGAGUAUUCUCCUUCAAGGUCAAGUUUCAAGUUCUAUCCUGACAGUGACAAAAGUGAGGCCAAAUAUGAAAUCACUGGAGAAUCUUCACACAACUACUGGGAUCAGGUAUCGAAGUACGAAGGCCGAUUGAGUCACCCAGGUAUGUCCAAGGAUAUCAGAGUUAAGGUUGAACAUUCAUACAGUGGACAGACCAUGCGAGGCUCACUAGAGCUGGACAUCUUCCCCGACACAGAAGACAAAAUUACAGGCACGCUAAAGUCAACCAUGAUCGCCAACAACACUGUCAGAAAUGAAGCAUCACUAACUACCAGGAUACUGAGAGUGCACCCCAAAGUCACCGUAAUGGCAGCUUAUUCUCAAAAUACGACUGGCAUUGAUGUGCAGUUCCAGAAGUCUCCCUCUUCACCUGUAUCCUUCCAAGUGUCGGCCCUGUACGACCGAAUUUUCACUGGAGAUGCAACAAUGACUUUCCGUGUGAUUAACGAGGAAGACGCUGUGGUGGACAUAGCUGGUGUGAUGGGGCCAGAAAAAGAUCCUGAGUGUAACGGCGUCAACAUCAAGGGUGUGGCUUACGCUUCUCCCCUCGGAAGUUAUGAUAUUCACUCCAAACUUUGUAGAUCAUUUUUCUUCGAACUGAUUACUAAGAAACAAGAAAGUCAAAAGGAAUUCAUAACGAAACUUGGCCUGCAAUAUCCGAACAGAGCUGAGAUUAGCUUAUCGGAAAGUAACCUGGAUCAACCGUGGAGAAACGCAAUAGCAAUGGCCCGUGUCAAACUUCCCUCUCCUACUGUUGCUGAAGUUCACUUCGUUUACGAAUCUGAAAAUAUGCACACGGUGAAGGGCGCUUUGAAGGAAGACUGGGAGAUAGUGAUGGAGUCUGCUCACUCAUGGGCUGACAGUGUGUCUAGAUAUCUGGAGGAACAAGCACAGCAACAAGGCACUACCUUCCCUAACCCAGAGAUCGAAACACUUCUCGAAGAAGUCAAACAUGAUCUUAGGGAAAUAUAUCAUGAUCUGAUUUAUAAAGAAAUCAUCCCACAUUAUGAGGCUUUCCGUGAAUUCCUAAGGCGUCCGCCAGCUUCGUACGUUAUACAAUUUUCUUCAAGCAUCCUCUCAGGUAUAGCCAAGAUACAGAGAGACCUAAGAAGUCGUCUUCUCCAUGAGGUUCUAGCUUGGCAAGAAGAGUUUAAGGAUAUCAAAGAGUGCAUAAUUGACUUUUUGGUGAAGGCUGCGCGUUGUGUGGAGACCGGUGAGAUUCCAGAGCCAGUGCGUCGCCUACUGGAACAGCUGCAAGAAACUAGGAUAUUCAGAAUGUUUAAGAGGGACGUCGACUCCUUUAUUCGGCGAUACCCGGAGAAGUACGAGGCCAUUCAGGAGAUGGUGGCCAAGGUCAAGGAUACCCUCCAGGAAGAUUUUGAGAAAAUUCUCAUUAGGAACUCAAAGAUUCAAGUUGUUGAAAAUACGAUCGAGUGGAUUCUUAAAGACCUCAGCAAAGAAAACAUGAUUGCCAAUAAGGUGGAGGAGUAUAUUAGUGAAAUCAUUCAGGACGUUAUCUGGGGUGUUGGUGUGGAAACAAAUGAAAGCGAAAUGAAAUUCAAAAUGCACUUACAUGAGCCAUUUUAUUCUUUGAUUCAAUUUCUGAAGGAGGUUCGCUUAAAUCCUGUCUAUUACUUUGAAAAACUGGCCUUGGUUUAUGACCGCCUCAUUCCCUUGCCCGUCAACAAUAUAAUCUGGGCAUACUACACGUUGCUGCCCCGCCAUAUGACAGAGUUGCUGCCUCCUUACAACCGCACAGCCAUGGUUGUCAGUGACACAGAGAUCCUUACCUUUGAUGGAGCUCUACUCCGUGCACCUCGUUCACCGUGUCAGGUUGUCUUGGCUGUAUAUGCCAACAACAAGCUUACCAUGGCCCAUCCACAACCAUCAGCCCCACCACAGAUCACCUUCUCUACUGGCUCCACUACCGUCACUGUUAAGCCAGACUUCCGUGUUAACGUUAACGGACAAGAGAUAAACAGACAACGAACAACUACAGGUAAUGUCUUUAUUCAAAAAAAACCCCGAGAAGUCACUGUAACAUCACCCUUCAUGACAGUCCGAGUAUUUCGCGAAGAACGUGUGGUAUCCGUGAACGUAACUGGCUGGACCUACGGCCGCAUUGCAGGUCUUCUGGGUACCUAUGAUGGUGAAAUCGGUAACGACUGGUUUACACCAUCGGGAAGGAACGCUUCCAGCCUCCAGGAACUGGUGUCAUCUUGGCAAGAGGACAAACAGUGCCAGACUCCUCCCAUUUCUCCUUUCAAGUAUAACAAUGUAUUAACAGAAAAAGUUAUUCACUGCAAGACACUACUGGGAAUUUGCACCAAAUGCAUCCCAGUGGUUCCUCUAAAGUCCUUCAUCAAAAUAUGUGAGGCUGCCAGCCAUCCCUGCGAUGUAGCUCAAGCCUACCGCGUAAUUUGCUCCAACAAUGCUGUAGAAGUGAUGGUGCCCCUUAGCUGCUGACAGUCAUGCAGUGCAUGUUCAACAGUGACAUGCCCAUGAUAAUUGCAUUAAUUGUAUUUAAUAAGAGAUUUUAUUUCAGUUAUAAUCUUUGUGUAUGGCAGUCAGACUUUCGCAAAGAAUAUAACACUUAUUGUGUCAUCCUUCAUUUCUUUUUAAUCACGCAAGUAGAUCAUCUCGAAUGGAGGAAGAGUGUUAUAACUAACUUAUAUACUGUAUCUACUGCCUGGGUAGUAAAUUCUAGAGAUGUGACAACCUGAUUUGGAUUGCCACAACAAAUAUGACGAGCAGGAGGCAAAGCCCAUAUAUGGGACCCUGUCGCUCUGAUGGAAGAAAUUCCCGAGUAGUAUGAAAUAUAAAUUUUAUGUUGAUGUAAUAGUGGUGAUGUUGAUUGAUCCUUUAACCUCAAGUUUAUAGGUGAGACGAAAUCUAAAAUCGUGUCUGGAGUAUUAGUUUCUUUCCCGUCUAGUGCAGUGUCGGUGCACUGGUGAAUCUGUGUACAAACGCCAUUUAAUCAUAGAAACUGAUGACAUCAGUUAUGUAAAACAACCACAGUGAAAAACAGUCAAAAGAUCCACUCAGUACUGUCGAGCAAACGUUUAUCACCAGAGACUCAGAGAGUGAAGCAAAAGUUAGAGUACAAGUGUUGUGCGCCUAGCUGAAGAAUGCGCCGCCUGACAUACUUGAUGUGUUUAUAACGUUACAGGUUUAUAUGUCACUAUGUUACUCAGUCUUCAGCUAUGCAUGCAACCCAAUCUUUUUCUUUCAUUUUUGUCUCACUCAUUUAAUUAUGAACCUUUUGACUCUCUUCAGAGUGGAUGUCCUACACACACACAUACAUACAUACAUACACACAU